CGAAAACAACAGUCAGAGCCGGGGAGAGGGAGUCUUGCAAGCAGGACUACUGUAGUUACAGGUUGGCAUUCUUCAGCUUCCUGAGACACCUUGAGACCCCUGCUUUCUCGAAUUCCAUCCCCGAAUAAGCAAACUUUGGAUCUGCACACUUACUCAGGUAUUUCUGAAGACUCACCAAGGAAGUGCUUCGGGAAUAAACUGACCCUAAAACCAUGCAGAAUAUAGGUGGCAGUGGGCAGUGGGACAGUUAGGUAAUUUUAAACUCCAGCUGUCAUGGUCUGGGGCGCUUGUCUUUAGAUGCUAACCAGUAUAUGAUUUAAUUUGCAAUGGCUCUGCUGUGUUUGGGGCUCUGCUGCUCAUUCUGUUGAGCUGAAGCCCUGAACUUCUGCCCCAAAGACCUGGGCUUGUAUCCAACAUUGUGUUAAGUAACUGUCCCAUCAGUGCAAGGAUUUACAAUUCUGGAACAGGCCUCUCCCCUCUUCUUCCCGCUUGUACAUGUCCUGUGUCCUCCCCAGAUCUGCUCAGGGGGAUUGCGGGGGGGGGGGGGGGAGGAUGACCCAUAACAGAUUUAGGAGGAAUGAGGGGAGGAGAAGGGAGACAGGUUCCAUCGUGCAAGCAUAAAUCCUGGCUCAAAAAGAGUGCUAUGCCUUAAUAGGCAGUUGAAGUAGGACAAUUGCAUUCUUCCACACUGGGUUUGAGGUUUUGUGGGCAACAGGCUUCUCCAUUUUAUGCUCCUGAAAGCUCUUGCUUGGGUAUUACAGAUGAAGGGUGCAACUUCUCUCUGUGUGUGGUUGUGUGGUUGUGUACAGGAGGAGUUGCAGGAUCAUUAGGAAGAACAGACCCCAUGGUUUCAGGUAGGCAGUGAUAUAGGCAGACCAUGCAAAAGCAAAGCAGGGCUUCCAGACUGUAAUUUAGACAAAUGAUCGCUGUGCUGACUGGGGCUGAUGUAGUCCAAAACACCUGAACAUCACUAGGUGGGCAAAGGCUUCCUUAGUAGCAUGUUUGAGAACAUCUGGGGCAUGAGAACUGAGGAAAUCUCUCUUCACUUAUUGUUAUUUCUCUGGGAACUAGACUGUGGAAAGGAAGAGAUUGCUUCUCUGGAGUGGGCCACAUAGUAAAACUGUCAGUAAGAAAAAGGAGGAAACUGUUGAUUUCAUAAUAAUUUUUAAAAUUACUCAGAAAAUGAAAAUGAAAAAUGUUUAGCCUCUGUAGAGUCUCCUUCAGUUAUUCUUCCAUUAAUUUGAGGUACAUUCUGUUGCCCAAACAUUAGGUUAGAUGAUGUCAGCUGUUCAGUGAGCAUUCAUUCUGAUUUGUUUGUGGAAGUUUUGAAGAUGUUGGGUCAAGCAAAUGCUAUCCCACACUUUUCAGUGCACUUCCCACCCCUUUUCCUAAAGUCCCAUUUGGGGCAGGAAGCAGGUUUGUUGCACGAGAGCUCCAAAUUAGCUUUAACUGCACAAACUUGAGUUUUCUGCUUUGUGACUGAAUCCUACCUGGGUGUGUCUCGUGUAGGGCUGUGAGGACCCUUUUGCGGAGGGGCUGGGGAACAACGACCCUGCUUCCCCAUAACAGGCACCCCUUGUGAGCCGACAGUUCAUGUUUACGGGUUGUGUAGCUGGCGAAUUCUGGCCCAGGGCUGCUGCUGGGCCAUCCCCUCCACACCCAGUCCAGGACCCGGGAGAUGACCCUAUCUUUCUUGGAAUGGUGUGCAACUUCUUGUGCCUGAAUGGGGCGGUCGGGAAGCAGCUCCAGGCUCAUAACCUCUUGUGCAGGUGCUGGGUCGGGGCCUGUUUCUGGUAGUGGUAGCCUGCUGAGGGCGUCCGCAUGGCCCAUUGCCUUCCCUGGGCGGUGAAUCAGUGCAUACUGGUAGCUGGCGAGGAAAAUUUACCACCUGAGGACGCGAGGAGACAGAACUUGGGGGGUCUGCUUUUCGGGGGCAAACAAGCCAAGCAACGGCUUGUGGUCAGUCACCACGGUGAAUCAUGGAAUUUUUUUACGCCCUUCACGAUUGCCAGACCCUCCUUGUCGAUUUGCGAGUAGUUCCGCUCGGUUGCGUUGAGUGUCUGGGAAAAGUAUGCCACCGGUACCUCUCUUCCAUCCGGGAGUUGGUGUCCCAGGACAGCGCCAAUGCCAUAGGGCGAGGCGUCGCAUGCUAGCACCACCGGCAGCCUCUCGUCGAAGUGUGCCAAGACCGAGUUUGAGACAAGCAAGUCCUUGACUGCCUGGAAUGCGGCCUCCUGGCGCUGGCCCCACACCCAAGGGGCCCGCUUGUCCAGGAGUCUGUGUAGGGGCUCCGCUACCGCCGCCUUGUGGGGAAGGAAGGGAUGGUAAAAGUUCAAUAGUCCCAAGAAGGCCUGAAGUUCAGUCUUGCUCUUGGGCGCUGGGGCAUCACAAAUGGCCCGUACCUUGUCCCCAGUCGGGUGGACCCCUUCUGCGUCCACCAUAAAUCCCAGAAAGUCCACCUGAGGCACUCCUAGUAGACAUUUUUCCCGCUUCACCUUGAGACCCGCCGUCUGGAAACGGUGCAGAACGGUGCGGAGGCGAUCCUCAAACUCCUCUGGUGUGAGCCUGGCAAUCAACACAUCAUCGAAGAAGGGGGUGACGCCAGGAAUCCCUUUAAGGAGCGAGUCCAUUAGAUUCUGGAAUAUGCCUGGUGCCACACUGACACCGAAUUGCAGCCGCUUUACCCUGAACGCUCCUCUGUGCGUCACAAUCGUCUGUGCCUCUGCUGUGGCCUCAUCUACUGGCAGCUGUUGAUAUGCUUGGGCCAAGUCCAGCUUGCCAAAAAUUUUCGACCCAGCCAGGGUGGCAAGGACAUGGCUGACCACUGGGUAUACAUGGGCCGUGAGGGCCUUGUUAAUGGUACAUUUGUAGUCUGCGCAGAUGCGGACCGAACCAUUAGGUUUGACGGGUGUGACGAUUGGGGUUUCCCAGGGGGCAUUAGGCACCGGCUGCAGCACUCUUUGCUCCACGAGCCGGUCCAAUUCCUCGUCUAUACGGGGUUUCAGGGCGAACGGGACCCGGCGGGCCUUGAGCCUGACCGGUCGUACUGCGGGGUCAAGCUGUAGAGCAAUGGGGGGGCCCGUAUACUGUCCCAAUUUCCCAUCGAAAACCCCUGGAAAUUCCUUGCAUAUGGCGUCCACGUCCACUUGUAAGCUAGUGUGGUUCACCCCGGUGACGGCUAGUCCCAGUGGUCCAAACCAUGCCAAUCCUAGUAAGCUAAUGUAGGGGCCCUUGACCACAAGCAAGUCCAGUUGCCGUGUCCACCCUCGGUAUUGCACCCUGAAGGUCCCCACCCCCAUUGUGAGGACCUUACGUUUCUGGAAGUCCCGGAGGGUGAAUGGGGCCGGCCUGAGUUUGGGACCCCCAGUUUCCUUAAGGUCCUUGCCGAGAUUAUGGAUAGAGUUGAACCCGUGUCAAGCUCCAUGCGGCAUGGGGCCCCCUCUAUCUGUAGCUCUACAUAAAUUUUCUCUACGUUCGGGUGGGGCAACUGGUAUACCUGGAAGUCCGUGAGCUCCAUCAAGUUGCCUUGGUGCGUUGGGGCCCGGGACCUGGGGCUCUUGGAUUGGUCAUCUGAUGCCUGGCGUCGGGUGGGCCAAGCUCAACACACCUGGGCGAUGUGUCCCGAUUUUCUGCACUGCCUGCACUCUGCGUUGUGGAAACGGCAGGUCCUCCUCUCGUGACUUUCCCCGCAGCUUGCGCAGUUCCCUGCUUCUCGUCGAGGCAGCUGUGGUAUGUGGGCUGCUUGAGUGCGCUGCUGUACUCGGUGCACCUCCUCCCUGUCAGAUCCUGAGUCGUCGGUGAGGUCUUCGUGGUGGACCCUCGGUUGGGAUGGCAGGCUCGGCCGUGCCUCUUGCGUCGACCUCUCGGCAGCUUCCGUUGCCAGGGCCUCCUCCAGAGCGACCUGGAACGUUAGGUCCUUCUUAGCGUAGAGGCGUCGUUGCAGCUUCUCAUCCUUCAGGCCACCGACGAGGCGGUCACGAAGCAUGUUCUCCAGCUCUGAGAAGUUGCAGAACCGGGCGGCUUGGCGGAGAGAGGUCACAAACCCAGUUAUGGUUUCCCCAGGGGCUUGCCGCUUUGCGUAGAAGGCAUUUUGACGAGCCACCACUGAGGGCUGCGGCGAAAAGUGCCGCUUCAGCUGUCCCAUUAUUGUUUUGUAUGGAACAGUAGCGACGUCUUCAGGCGCAAGGAGAGCCCGGGCGAUUUCAAACGUCUCCUCUCCGCAGACGCUGAAGAAUAUCGCCCUCUUCUUGGCAUCUUCUUCAUCGGUGACCCCUUUGGCUUCUAGGAGGAAGGUGAAAUGGGAGGCGUACGCUUCCUAGUCUCCAGAUGCUGGGUUGAACGGCGAGAAGCUGCUGUCGGUUGCCAUUCUGAGUUCCUUGGGUCCCGGAGCUGAAGCCUGGAUACACGGUGCGAGGCAGCGGUGCGGCAGGUGGCGGUGCUGCGGUGCUGUGUGUGGCAGUCAGCUCAGCGGGAUCCCAUCCUCGUCGCCAGUGAAAUAUACUCAGAGUCGCAAAGUGAUUUCAUGCUCUUUAUUCAGCUCAUAGUGGUGAGGAGGAAUGAAUGAAAGUCCCCUCAAAGUAUCUGCUUUAUAUACAUUAUUUACACAAUGGGCUGCACAUGAUUGGCUAAUUCUGGAAUUCUACUGUAAGCCAAUCAGGUUGUGGAUUCACUUAUAUCUGGAGCAUGAUUGGGUGGUUCCUGCCAACCAAUCAUACUGCUGCAUUGUUCUAGGACCAAUCAGACUGCUGCAUUCUGAAUCCUAUUGUUCUAGGACCAAUCAGACUGCUGCAUUUUGGAUCCUAUUCAACUCAGUACAUAACAGACAGUCUGGAAGCAACACUUGAUAACAAAGUAAGCUGAUGAUGGAGAACUGCGUGGUGUUUUGUACAUCCUUCCCUGAUGCUGACCCCUAUUGCUCAUUGCAUGUUCAAAAAAAGCAAACAUGAGGGCAAUAGAUAAUCAUGACGACUGCAAAGAAGAUCAUUGCAUUGAGGUUAGGGAUGAAGGUGAAAUUCAAUUUAGCUUGCAUUUAAAGGGGAACCUACCUAAUUCAUACUUUCUGAAACAAUACACCAACUUAAACACAGCCGUCCACUGAAAUUCUCUGAAUUUUGCAAUGCAGUUCUCCAGCCAAGUCAUUUGUAUGAAAAUGCAUAUAUUAGUGGAAAUAGCAUGCAGAAAUCCAUUAUAUAAGGGGAAAUUGCAUUGCAAAAAUGCAUAUACUAGGCAAAAUUUCUUUCAGAGAUGUGGGGUUUUUUUAGAGAAAUGCACUCUAAAAUGCUGCUGAAUUUUCACGAUUUGUUUUGUUUUUAAAUUGCAAACUGAGGUGGAAGUGAGGAGAAUGGAACUUUAAGAGCAGACAAAUAAGCAACUUGAGAGAAAGUGCCAUUGACACAUCUACCCAUCCUUAACAGAGGCGGGCACAGGAGGCAGCAUCCAGUAUCUCCAAACUGCAAGGAACCCAAAUAUAUUAAUCCAUGCACGGCAAUUCAUUUUUAGUGCUAACAGCUUGUGCAUUUCUAUUCAGGGGCACGUGAGAGUCCAUGUGUUACCCUUUGUGUAGAAGUAUGCACCAGUGGCCUAUGUGCAUGGUUUAAGCUGUGGGCCUUGUUUGGAUGUGGCUGAUUUGGACCUCCAGGCUAAGCAUCUGACCCUGAUUACAAAGUAAGUUGAUGGUGCAGAUGAUGUAUGAGGUUCCCCCACCCUGCUGCUGACCUGUGUUGCUUAUUGCAUGCCACCAUUUGAUCUCCCCGCCUUUCAUGUACAAAAAGAGAGAGUAAACAUGAUGACAGUAGAUAACAGUGCUGGCAGCAGCCAAGGGCACUGAAAGGAAGCAUUCUCCAAACCACUGGACCCAGCCCAAAUUUAUUCAUCCAUUCUCAGCAAUACACAUCUAGGGGUGUUGUCCAGUCAAAAUAUAUUCAAUGCUGGUAAGUGAUACAUAGAUAGAGCAUGGCACCCACAGGGUUCUCACCCCUAAUGCUAAUGUGGUACAAUGGCUAGAGCAUUGGACUAGGGCCUGAGAGACCAGGGUUCAAAUCCUUACUUAGACAUGAAGCUUACUGGGUGACCUUGAGCCAGUCACUGCCUCUCAACCUAGCCUACCUCACAGGGUUGUUGUGGGGAUGAAAUGAGGAACCUUGAGCUCCUCGAAGGAUCUAAAAACAAUAAAAUAAAAAUGUGUGAGCAGGCCUUAGAUCAGUUGUGAGGGUGGGCCAAAUUAUAUUAGGCAUACAAAGCUGUAAUUUUGGCCUUUUGUUCUCUGGAGUUCCGUCAGCAUUGAAAUGAUCUUGGCUGCUUAAUAUUUAAUUUCUGCGUUUAAUUAUUAAGCAGCCUAGUUCUUCUUUUGACUUGAAGUUGGUCUCAAGAGGGAAGAAGGCAUGGCAAGUGGGGACUCCCACAGUUGCUGCCACGUCUCAUGCGCGGUGGUUUAUCAGCACAGAGGAUAAAAUGUGCAGGUAGGAUAAUUUACAGCUUGCGCCUGUUGAUUAAGCAUUUUACUACCCUGAGAACUGUCUUGAUACCAGAAUAACAAAUGGGAGCUGUCUGGGCAGAGAGUGUGCCAAACCUAGUCUCUCUCUCCAUCAACUGCCCAGACUCCAUCCUUGUAAUUAUUUUAGAAAUAUAAUGUAGUGUGUGUGCUCUACUUAUGGUUCUUUAUCUCUGAACUGAACUGGGAACAGAUGGCGCUUCAAAUAGAUGACUGUCCUUGGUAAAGCAGGGCUUAAUAGGCUUGUUCACAAGUUCCACUGAAUGUAGGUACAAGCUGUCUCUGCACGUGUCCAACUGUUUAUGAAAUAAUGUGCAUUUGCUGAUUUGCACAGCUCAGCUAUUGUGUUUGUGGGUUGUACACUUGUUGAAUACCUCAAUAGCCACACUGGGUCCCUAUGCCUGUAGCAUAAAAUCAUAGGAUUGUAGAGUUGUAAAGUAGCCUAAGGGUCAUCUAGUCCAACCCCCAGCAAUGCAGGAACCAUAGCUAAAGAAUCCCUGACAUAUGGCCACCCAACCUCUAUUUGAAAAUCUCCAAUGAAAGAGAGUCCAGCACCUUCUAAGGCAGUCCAUUCCACUGCCAAACAGCAUGCUAAAUAGAGAAACAAAAACUGACCCAAGUCACCUUUCAGAUUCAUGGCUGAGUUAGGAUUUGAACACAGCUCUUUCUCCCACCACCACUGCCUCAAGCCUGUUAUUACUCACCAGUCAUAAACUUUUAUUACGCUAACAAGAGCCAUGGCAUUGGUGUCCCUCUGCCAAAGGAAGGAAAAGAAAGAAAGAAAGAAAAAUCACCGUGCUACACCAUACCCUUUGGUUGACACAUGUUUGUCCUCCUGUUCCCUCCUGCCCCUCUUUCCUCCUCCAUUCUGCCAUUUCUGGGGGGGGGGGGGAGGUAGGCUGGUGAAACAGUGACCCAUUUCUGUUGAGCUUCCUACAGCCUCCUAGUUGCUAGGAUUCCUGGAAACAAUGUUGGACUAGAAGGAUCAACCAUAGUCUAAUUCAGCAAGACACAUCUUGUGUUCUUACACAAGAGCAAAUGCUCAAGGUCACUUAGCACAUUUAGUUACGCCUCAGCUGCUAAGGGAUCCUGAAGGCGCACCCUUACUUUGCACAUUUAAGACAUAUCAGUGGACCACAGGGAUUCUUAGUAAAAGGAGAAGAAGAAAACAGUGCAUACAAGGCUGACAUUUGUCCAAACAUAAGACGGCAAUUAGCUGAAGAUUUCUGAUGCUUCAGUUCCCACAGCAGCAGCAGCUCUUAGCUAUGAACUGCUCACAGUACUGUACACUCGGACAAAACGAGACCACAACAAGAUUUCAAGGUUGAACAUCCAAGGCAUGCAUAAAUACUGCUCUUGCUAUGCUUGUCAACCAAUCCUUUUAAAGCAGGAAUAGGGAACAGAUGUUGCUGCACCACAACUACCAUCAUUCUUGACCGUUGGUCCUGCUGGCUGAGGCUGAUGGGAACUGGAGUCCAGACAGACCUGGAGGGCCACAGGUUUCCCAUUCUCUGUUAAUCAAUUCAUUCAUUGUUUCAAGGCCAAAUGCUAUGGGUGGCAAAGAAGAGCAGCACCAGUUCUGUUUAUACUUAGCCGCUUAUGUGUAUCCUUCUGGAAUAAAUCCAGGGAAUGGUGACUUCAUGUGACGCACAACAGCAACCACAUGUGAUAAGCAGAAGCUCUGCUACUGGAUAUGCUCCUUUGCUUAGUCAGAGUUAAUAACACAGCACGAUAAUACAGUAACACUUUACUUGAGUACAGGACUUUGCUCCUGACAUGCGAGCACCUCCAAGCGUGGAAAACUUUCCACAGUGCACCAUAUGAUUGCAGUUCUUAAACUAUUGCAAAAAAAAAUUGGUUUUGGUAUAUAAUAUCAUAGCUACUUGAGACCUAUGCUGGCAGAAGAUGGGGUAGAUUCCAUGUAAUGUUUUGGUUAAGUUUGUAUCUUUUAAAAGCUUCCUUUUUGGACUACAUACACUCAGGGUUCAGGACCCUUCACAAAACUUAUGUUCAAGCAUUGGUGGUUGGGGGGAUGGAUUAAUGGGUUGGGUCUAAUGCUGUGCAAGCAAAGUCCCCCAAUCUUCUGGAACAGAUUCUGAGGGUGCAUAGGGAAGUUGCCGGGGAGAAGAGAGCAAGCAGACAUCCACUGCACAAGCAGAACAGUAGUGUUGGACACAACCAAGUAUCACUAUGCACCUCUCUAGGACUUUGGCUUAUCUGAAAUGCAUUUGUCUCUCCCAUCUCUCUUUGGAUUUCAAACGACUUCACCAUCCCAGGCAGGAAUAGCAGAGAGGCACUGUGGGUCAAGAGAAAUUCUGAAUAGCUCAUGCUCCAGUUGGGUUGCAUUUCUUGUGUAUUAUAUUGAACUGUACCAUUUUUCUGUUUUUAUAUAUAAAAAAAUUAGUUGUCUCAAAGGAUGCUUUAUAGAUUCCCCAAUGAGCUGUCAAAGACAUUUUCAGCCGUCUUCUUGGAACAGCUGUUACUGAAACUACCGAAACUAGCCUAAGGGUCAACAGCAUCUUGGGAAUUGUUCCAAGCCAUGGUGCAUCCAGACCAGCACUCUUGUCACAUUUCAUUUGAUUUCAUUUUACUUUGUGUUCCUUGCUGCCCUGGUUCUGAUCUUUCAGCAUUUAAAAUACUGCUGAAUUUGUAUGGUAGUGCCUAAGUAAGUUAGAUGGGUGGAGUGCCAAAAAGUUUGGGUUCAUCACCACUGCUGCCCUGCCAAAGGGGGAGAAGCACCUAUUGAGGUCAUAAUGGUGCUGUGUUCUGAGACUUUGAGAUCUCUUCCAGAAAAAAAAUUAAGAGAAGAACUGAGCAGCCCAACCUCUUCCCCCUUCUUCUUGGCUGGGGAGGCAUUGGAUUCAGUAGUGUCCCUCUGCCACAGGGGCAGUGAAUCCUGUUCUGCUGCCGAAGGUGAAAUGGGAAUAAUCAUGAAUGCCUAGAGUUCCCUGUGAAGAGGAAUGGAUUCUUAAGUGAAUCUGGAAACUGUAGCUAUGCAAGGGAAAUAGGAGUUUCCUAACAACUCUUAGCACCCUUAACAAACUACAGAGAGCCAGUGUGGUGUAGUGGUUAAAAGCAGUGGACUCAUAAUCUGGUGAACCGUGUUCGCGGCCCUGCUCCUCCACAUGCAGCUGCUGGGUGACCUUGGGCUAGUCACACUUCUCUGAAGUCUCUCAGCCCCACUCACCUCACAGAGUGUUUGUUGUGGGGGAGGAAGGGAAAGGAGAAUGUUAGCUGCUUUGAGACUCCUUCGGGUAGUGAUAAAGCGGGAUAUCAAAUCCAAACCCUUCUUCUUCUUCUUCUUCUUCUUCUUCUUCUUCUUCUUCUUCAGCACCCAUAAUUCUUUGUGGGAAAGCUAUGACUAUUUAAAAUGGUAUCAUACCGCUUUAAAUGUAUGGUGUGAAUGUGGCCUUAGCAUGAUAAUGAGUUUCCACCUGUGUUCAGGCUCAAUUGCUGGCAUCCAGCCAAUGCAUAAUCACGUCUUGCUUUUUACUUCCUACCUGUAGGAGAGCUGACCUUAACGUUUGCAGGAGAAGGACAUAAGAUCAGAGACCUUCAAAUUACCUCUCUGUAUUCCUUGCUGCCUAGACUGCUUGGAUAAGGUCAAUUGGACAAGAAAGCUGACCCAGAAUUUCUCAAAAAAAACCCCAGCAUAUACAUUUCCAGGCUGACUUGAUGCACCCACCUGGGACAGAGACCGUCUUUGAAACACUGGGAAAGGCAAAAGGUAAAGUCCAGCUUAUUCCACACCUGUCAAAAAAGACGAAGGAGCUGAUCUCUAAUGUCAGGUAAACUCUUGGACUCUAAGACUGAUAGCAUGUACUCUUAAUAGAACUAGCAUGGAAUGCUUGCCUUUUAACAUCCUUUAAAUAACAUUGCACUGGCCCAGUAUGGUUUCAAAGUGGUAAAAAAAAAUAUAGAUUCCUUCCCACCAAUUCCAGCUCAUUUUUAUGGGGGAAAUGGAGCCACAAUAAACAUUUAGGGGUUUGAGUGGUAAUUAUCAUUGCAUGCAAAUCAUGUUGUUUGUGUGUGGCAUCUGCAAGGUUGCCAACUGACUAAAAGAAAUCCAGUCUGGCCAGCUCUUUUGCCUUUAGCAGCAUUAAGGAAAUCAGUUGGAGAAGGUUUUUAUGGCAUGGAGAUGGGCAUUAUCACCUGCUGAUGUUUUCAGAUCGUGCUGCUGUUAAAAAUGUUAGCAGCCCUAAACCAGCCUCUCUGCCACACCCCUUUUCAUUUGAAAAAUAUCUGUCUACUCUGUGCGUUUUUAGGGCUUGUUUGGUUUUUUUGCAGUCUAUUUUAAUACCCUCAUUGCACCUGUUACAAUCAGCUUAAUUGUAUUUUUAUUGCUGGAUUCUCUUGAAUGUUUUUUUUUUAAUUGCUUGGGUAACUCUCUGUAACUCUCUAGUGAAUGCUGUCAUCAUAGUAGUGUUAGUUGUUCUGGUAUAAUAGUUAGGAACUGAGUAUUGUAUUCAUCUGUGGUUGUUGGCUUUGACGAUUCAUGUAACAAAUUUAAUUGUUUUAUUGUGUCUGAUGCAAGGCCACUCUGAGUACAGUAAUUUCAGAUAACAGGUUAAUAAUAAUUAUUAUUAUUUGUACCCCGCCCAUUUGGCUGGGUUUCCCCAACCACUCUGGGUGGCUCCCAACAGAUUAAGAACAGAAUAAAACAUCAGACAUAAAAAACUUCCCUAAACAGGGCUGCCUUCAGAUGUCUUCUAAAAGUCAGAUAGUUGUUUAUUUCCUUGACAUCUGAUGAGAGGGUGUUCCACAGGGCGGGUGCCACUACCAAGAAGGCCCUCUGCCUGGUUUCCUAAUCUCACAUCUCGCAGGGAGGGAACCACCAGAAGGCCCUUGGGGCUGGACCUCAGUGUCCACUCUUGACUUGAGUGGGAGGGGGUGACUGGUGCUAUAAUGUGCAAUACCUCUUUAAGUGGCAAGCAGCUCUUAAAAUAUAUGAAAGGAGGCACAUAAGGUAGGUCCAGACAAGCAAUUUUCCUCAUAUUCAUGCAAAGAGGGAGCAAUUUGCACAGCGUCCCUCACUCUGUAACUUUCUCAGUUUGUUACACAAAAAUAUUGUAUAAUUGACCUAGUUUGAGGUGUCCCAUCUUCCUGCUACUUAGUGGUGGAGCCUUGUUUCCCACCCCCAUGAAUUUCUUGCAUUGUAUAGGAGUGCCCAUUUCCCCAAAUACCUUACUAAUUUUGUCUAUUAUCAGAAGAAGUCACAAAUCAGUUCCUACUCUACCACUUCUGACACAGCUCAGCUUUGUCAUUAUUAUAAUGUGUGUGGGUUCAUAGGUAGCCUUUCAGAUAUUUGGGACCUAAGUUGUUCAGGGCUUCAACUCCUAAUGCGAGUACCUUGAAUUGGGCCCAGAAGCAAGCUGGCAACCAGUGCAGUUGCUUUUUAACUGGUUUUAUGUACCACUCACACAUGGAGGGAGCCAAUGAUUUCACAAUGGUGGGAAUACUUAUUUUUUAUUAUUAAUUUUUUUAUUAAAUUUGUAUACUGCCCUUCAUCUGAAGAUCACAGGGUGGGUCAUAACAUAAAAAUACAAAAUGAGAAUCUUAUUUUUACCAAUUUCUCAUAACCAUAAUAUUCUUACAUAAUUCUUUAAACAUUUUUGCUAAAGCCAAAUAAUUUCGUUCCAACAUUUUUCUAACACUCAUCAAUUUUAUAAAACAAUCCUAAUAAAAAAGUAACAAAAAAGAAACAAUCCAAUCUUCAUCCAGCGUCUCUUCCUCCUGGUCCCGGGUUUUGUCAGUCCUUUCUAUCUCAUCAAUCUAGCGCAUUAACCUGGCAAUCUUAUGUCCGAGGCCCUUAAGUCCCUUCCAUGUCCCUUCCGCAGCUCUUCUUCAUAUUUAUAGCUGUAUUUUCCUUUAUCUCCUGCUCCUUUCACUCUUGGGAACUCCAGCUUGACAAUGCUUUUGACCCAUCUCGACAAAUCAGCCCCUUUUCCAUAGUCCAGACUAAGCUCCAUGUGGUAUUUAAGAACAUGUUUCAAAGUCCCUCCAAAAUUAAGAGCCCCCACAACCCCAAACAUCUCACGGCCCUUGGCCGACUUGAAAAGUCCAAACCUCCCUGCAUAGGGGAGUGUAUCCAACCCCCCAUUUCCAAACCAAACCAAACUUUAUCUUUCCAAAUCUGGCUUUUACCAAGUUCAUUUGUCAAAUCCAAGAAUUCGUGUUCCUGCUGGGCCACAGCUCCCUCCAUCUCUGGCGCCCAAGAUUCAGAAACAUCCUCUUCCUUCAUCUGUUCUGUCAGGGCACACUCCUGAUCUGAUUCCUGGGUGGGCUCUAUAUAAUUUCCCACUGCCUGUCCAAAAUUUCUGAUCGCAUCAGUCAUAAAAUCCGUCUUCUCAUGUAGCUGUUCCAGUAGGGCACUUGUUUUACAGAAAACACACAACAGAGCUUCUGAAUACAUUGUCCUGCAAGGUCAGAAGUCUAUUCCUACGAUCGUAAUCUGUGACAGCUGCAAGCUCCCCGAUUCAGAAUUGGUUACAGUUUCACAGGCUCCCUCUAGGGGAAGAACGUCUGUUUGUUCUUUUCUUUUAAAAACAGAUCUAACAACAAAGUUUCCUUUUUCAGAUAUUUUGUCAAUAUUUGUUCCUUUAAGAUGCGAAGGGGAACAAUGGAGUCACUAUGUUUCUCUUCUUUUAGCUAUCUGUCAGAAACGUUUGUCUCUGGUCAAUGAGCUUCAAAAAACGUCAGUCCUGACACCCCGCUCCAGGAUCAAGACGGUGGAAAGUUACUUUGCUUUACACUCACUUCUGCAGGUUUAAACAGUCCGAAAAAAAUCCCCCCCUCUUCUCCUGCUUCCGAAGGGGGUUCAACAAUUUAAAAUGAUGAAAGUUGAUCCUUUACAAGCGAUUUUCAGAACUCUAGUUUGCCAUGUCUUUGCUUUAAUCUAUCUACAAAGAAACGGAAGGCUGACUUCCUGUUUAGACCUUCCCGUUUCAGUGCCAAAUUAAAAUAAACUUUUAAGUCCAAUUUUCCUUUCAGCUCACAAAUCCUUAUUUAAAGUCCAAUUGUCCGAAAUUUAAGUACUCACGGGUGAUUGUUUUAAAAGCCAAAUUGUCCCAGGAAAAAGGCAGCGCUCUCCGGCAACGGCUGUGCGGCUUCACUCCACGGAAGAAGCAGUUGACUCUCAGCACCGCGCCACUUCCCCCUCUUCGCUCCGGAGCCUGUUAGUGGGUUCCUUUGCGGGUUGGGGGGGCGCUAAAGGUGCCCGCCGAGUCCCAUGGUCACAGGCUUCAUCCGCCUGUGAUUUUUGAAUGGGUCCCCGCUUCGCCGUAGCGGAAAAGACCCGUUUCCCGUGGAGCUGGUCCCUCCAGAUCAGAGUGAGUCUGCCAUUACCGAUGGCGCCACCCUGGAAGUCCCUAUUAUUAAUUUUUUUAAUUAAAUUUGUAUACUGCCCUUCAUCUGAAGAUCACAGGGUGGGUCAUAACAUAAAAAUACAAAAUGAGAAGACAAAAUACGUAAUAAAAACAAGAACAGAAACAAAUUUUAAAAAACCAUCCCUUCCUCUAGCAUACCACACCCAUCAACUGCCCCAGAAAAAUUGGGACAUCCCAUUUUUCCCACAAGAGCACAGCGACCAUUUUGGAAAAGCGCUUUUUCCAGGUCCACAAUCUCAUGCAGGUCACAUGACUUGUGCAGGAUUUCAAACCCGGGAGAUGGUGUCCUGGAUUUGGGCAUCGUCAUGUUAGAUGGUUUGGCAUACACCUCUGCCUCAACACAGCAGCAUCACAACAGCAUCACCCCCCCUCUCAAUUACCUAUUUGCAUACAAAUCCCCUUUGAAAGAAAAGACACUGUGAUUUAUUUAUUUUACCUUGCAUAUAUUAAAAUUUUAAUGUGCAACCGUGCAGGAGCAGUUACACAUAUCCAGUUUAGCGCCUACUAAAUGGAAGAGGAAAUGCAACAAGCACUGUGUGUAUUUUGCACAUAACAGAAAACACUUUCUUUUGUGGAAAUCUUGAAAUUUAGCCGCCUUCCAUUAUUAUUUAGAGGCCCUUCAUAAUCCGAAUAAGCCGUAGCUUACUUAGCUUGCGUGCAAAUCUGGCAAUGAGAAAAUCUUUUUCUGCCCUCUCCCAGUAGUUUCAAGGAGCAUGUAUUGGAUUUAUAUCCCAUACUGUGCAGAACAUGGACACAACUGUGCUGAACAGUGUGGUGGGACUAGAGAGGAUGUGAGUGCUGAGUUCUACACCUGGGGCUACAGGAAGCAGUUGUUAAUCAGGUUCUGCCACUCACCCCACCCCAGGCCAUGACCUCGAGCUGUGCAGAACAACACAGGCUGCAAGUUUCUCUGAGCAUGCUGAGGCCCAGGCAGAAUUCCAGUGAGGCAAAAUGGAAAUUAAUAUUUGCAUUGGAUUUUACUUCAUCAAAGCGAAUAUUCAACAUAUCUCACACCCUUGUGGCUAAGGAGAAAAGCUUGAAAGAAAAACUUCCAGAGGAUAAAACACAUCAAAGUGAAGUGAAAUAAUCCCCUUGUUUAUUAUUUCAUAGAACUGUAGUGUUGGGAAAGCACCUGAGGGUCAUCAAGUCCAGUCCCUUGCAAUGCAGGAAUCUCAACUGGUGGCUUUAGAAAAGCUGCUUUGGGUAGCAUGACAGAGAAUGGCUUGCAGGUUACUUGAAAGCAGCUAGCAACUUGCUUGUUUUCUUUACUCAACCAGGAUGUUCACUCACCUGACAGAAGCUGUGACAGGUUGACAGGUGUGUGCUUAUUUCUCUGUUCCUUACUCUUACAUUUAAUUUACAAUUUGGCAAAGUUGCCAUCUGCACAGAUUUAAUUCCAUUUAUUUCCAUAAUUCAGACAGGAGGGUCCACAGGACUGUGAUGUAGGAAAGCAUUGAGAUGUGGGAGAUAUUACAUGCAAGAUUUACACGCAAGCUAAGUAAGCUUGCUUAAUUCUGUGGUGAGGAUAAGUAGUGCUUAUGAACUACUUCAAGUGGCAAAGGAACCUCGACAAGUGGAACAAGGCAUGGCACUGAAAUUGUGAUAGGAAAUAUGCCACUGCUGGAUUUCUAACUGUAUCCCAGUUUGCUCAAGAUAAGGCGAAUAGUGAGUCAAAUGUUGGAGUGUAGAAACAGACGGUUCAUGAUUUUCUGCAGGGGUGUAUAACUGUCUUUAGCCCCACUUUGUGCAUUUGCCGGUGUGGUUUAAAUUUGAACCAUAUCUGCAAAGGGACAACUUCAAAGGUGCUCACUGUCAGCUCUGUCAGAAAACCCUGCUCCUCAAAAACCAAUCUAGGGCAUACGUUAAGCUUCCAGUUGUUUCUUUACAGCUGACUGUACCUGCCCCAGAUCUCAUAUUCUAUAUGACAUCAGGUGUUGAGCAGGUUGGUGCGGUUGCAGAGUUAAGAGUUGGCCGUGAUGUGGCUUAGAGGUAGAAGAGGUUGCAGGCUGGUAACGAUAGCAAGCUGCAGAGAGGAUCAAAGCACAAUGGUUAACUUCUGUUGAAUCUAGGACUAUAGCUAUAGGAGAAACAAGACCCUGGGGUUUCAGGCGCUUACCAGCGUGGUGUAGUGGUUAAGAGCGGUGGACUCGUAAUCUGGUGAACCAGGUUUGAUUCCCCGCUCCUCCACAUGCAGCUGCUGGGUGACCUUGGGCUAGUCACACUUCUCUGAAGUCUCUCAGCCCCACUCACCUCACAGAGUGUUUGUUGUGGGGGAGGAAGGGAAAGGAGAAUGUUAGCCGCUUUGAGACUCCUUAGGGUAGUGAUAAAGCGGGAUAUCAAAUCCAAACUCUUCUUCUUACCUAGGGUCUGUGUUUUCUUUUGGAAAUGAGGCACAGUGAUAUAUGAUAUAUAGUUUAUUUACACUUAUAUACAACCUGAGCCUACGAUGGAGGUGUUCACAUGGAUUCAAAACAUCAGCCAUUGUGUUCUGACCCUUUUUUCAGCUUGCUGCCUUUACCAGAGUGUAACCUUUUCCCUCCAGGUCAUAUCACAGCGAACUCUAAAACUCUCUUUCCAACUCUGCUUUGUCUUCAACACUACAUCUGAGCCAAGGUCUCACCUGCUUGCCAUCUGGCUCUCCUAACAGCUCAUUACCUUUGUCUUCCUAAUGUCCCAUCACCAACUGUCUUGGCUUCUAUUUUAAAUUUCGGCUUGAUUAAAUUCUAACCAACUACUGGACCCAGGAAUUUAGGGUGUCUGGCACCCACAAACACAUUACAUUGUGUUGCAGUAGAUUUUAAGUGCUUUGGGAGCCCAUGGCUAGGAAAAAAGUGUGAUAAUUCUAGUACUGGCUUGCCUUGGUCUGCUUGUCUUCUCGUUUUGUAUUUUUCUGUUGUGAACCACUCAUCUUUGGAUGAAGGGUGAUAUACAAAUUUAAUAACAAUUCUUUCCAACACCUGCUGCUGCUUCCUCCUCCUCCUGACUAAUGCAAAGGUAAGUAGUAAGGAAGCAGGCAGAGGGCCUUCUCAGUAGUGGAGCCCACCCUGUGGAACGCCUUCCCAUCAGAUGUCAAGGAAAUAAACAACUAUCUGACUUUUAGAAGACAUCUGAAGGCAUCCCUGUUUAGGGAAGUUUUUAAUGUUUAAUGUUUUAUCAUGUUUUUAAUAUUCUGUUGGGAGCUGCCCCUAGUGGCUGUGGAAACCCAGCCAGUUGGGUAGGGUAUAAAUAAAAAUAAAAAUAAAAAUAAUAAAAAUAAAAAUAAAAAUAGGGACCAGGCAGUUCUGACUCACUUAAGCUGCAGGCUUGUACAGUAUUAGUUUAUGUGAAGACAAAGACCAGGGUGAAAUUGGGCUACAUAUGUGCCUAGAAGUUAUGAAGGUGACCUUGGUGUAAAAAAAGGAAAAUCUGCUGUGAAUCCUCCUGCUGAAAACUGGGCAACAGCACUAGCAAUAUCAUUGGUUGUGUGCAUCUAGGUGCCAGUGGGCAACCCCUUAAUAUUUAAAAAUGCCUUUCCAAGAACAUGAGCUUUGGACAUAAUAGUUAACUCUGUCUUUUAAAUAUAUUAAUGCCCACACUUGCGAGACCCUUUUGCAUGUGCUGUAACAGACUAGGCACGGCUCUCCCUCUGGAGUAGCAGUAGAAAAUAGCUCAGUGCUUGUCAUCUUGAAGUGAAAGUUAGUGCUUCUUGGGUAAGCUGCAGAUGAGAUCUGUGUUUGAAGUUUACAAUCUAGGUUAGAUGAUGCAGUAAGGCGGAUGAUAAUCGGGCAAGAGAGGGGUGGGGGUUCGGGGAAGCUUGCAGAAUGAGACUUUGAGGCUGCCUUUUUCUUGUAAGGUAGGAAUUGUAUUGCAAACCGAUUCUUUUUUCAAUUGAUUUAUUAUAAGCUUGGAAUCAAUGGGCUGCUUUUAAGUGUGGUUUGAGAAAACACUGGCUGUUAAAAUGGGAUCUCUGUAUGUUGAUAUACAAAAAUUAAGCUGUAUCUUGAUCCUUGGAGAGAUUUCUUCCCUUUUUUUCAGUCAAUGAAAAGGGCAGCACAAUGGCAUGGGCGUUUGAACUGCAAAGUGAUGCUUAUUGGGACCAAUGUUUCCAACUUUAGGUAUACACUGAUAGGAUCUGAACUGUAACUGCUUGGGAAAUUGCUGUUGGGGUCAUCAUGUUGGUUAGUAAGGAAAUGUCAAGAAGGUGUUUGGCAGCAAAGGAAAGAUACAUUCCAUGCUAGGGAUGAGUAAGGAGGGGAAUGAAAAUUAAACAGCCAGUAUUGUAAUGUCUGCAGAAAAAUAUCUGGUGGCUGCAUUUGGCUGUAGAAUUGAAAAAGACAAACAACAUCAAGAGGUGGGAGCACUUUCCGUAUGAUGAAAAGCUAAAAUGUUGGGGCACUUUAGCUGACUUACAGGGAGGCUCAGGGAUUUGGGGGUAGAAAAUUUUCCCCAAAUGGAAUCUACCCCCCCAGUGUUUAUUUAAUAUGAUUCUAUGAAGUUUGUGUUUCAUAAUUUUAUUAACAAUUUUAUUGUUGUGGGGGAGGAAGGGAAAGGAGAAUGUUAGCCGCUUUGAGACUCCUUCAGAUAGUGAUAAAGCGUGAUAUCAAAUCCAAACUCCUCUUCUUAGGAACAAUGAACGGAUGCCAUUUGCAAAUGCAAUACAGUGCUACCUCGGGUUAAGAACUUAAUUCGUUCUGGAGGUCUGUUCUUAACCUGAAACUGUUCUUAACCUGAAGCACCUCUUUAGCUAAUUGGGCCUCCUGCUGCCACCGGAGCACAAUUUCUGUUCUCACCCUGAAACAAAAUUCUUAACCCGAGGUACUAUUUGUGGGUUAGCGGAGUCUGUAACCUGACGUGUCUGUAACCUGAAGCGUCUGUAACCCAAGGUACCACUGUAUUAGGCAAGCUUGGCAAUUUCAAAGUUGUCAGUUUGGUUUACUGAAUGCACGUGAAACAAACCUGCAACAUUAGACCACUCAGUAAAUUUUCCCGUGGAGAUUACUAUAAUUUGCAUAGGAAGAUUUUCCAAUUGAAAAUGUUUGGGGGACCCCACGUGAUCACUAAGGCGGGGCUCUGUGGUUCAGGGUAGAGCACAUGUGUCGCUUGCAAAUGAACACAGGUUUGAUUCCCAGAAUCUCCAGGUAGGACUCUCAAACCACGGUGAGAGCCAGUGGGGAACAGGGGUGGGGAGAUUUGAACCCAGGGGCUAAAUACAUCCCUCUAGUGCACUUUUGCCCUGGAGACUCACCCUUGGCUACUCUUCUUUCUCACUCCUCACUCACUCCCACUCUCCCCAAAUCACAGCUCUCACACGGGCCCUGAGAUGCACCCUCCUUGAGUGGUUUUUUUCCUAACUGGAAUGUAUCCUUGAACUCUGAUAAUGCCUCCAGAUUGCCUGGAUAAAGGAUACAGCAAGGUGGUCGCAUCUUACAAAAUUGCAAUAAGCGCAAUAAAAACAUCAGUAAAUAUUGGUUGGUGAAAAGAAAUUCUCAUUGCAGAGUCCUGUCUGAAUGACAGUAUUUUUUUGGAGAUGUCUAAAACAAUGAAAGAAUGAUUCCUGCCUAUCGCUUACUCCCCUGAGGUUCUUUCCACCAAUAUUAAGAGUGGGGAACUGCAAGUAGUGCCCCAUCAGAGGAUCUCGGUGAUCAAGAUGGAAAAGUAUGCAUUAAUAUUCAUGAAAAUGUGUUUAUUAGGGGAGAUUCACAGUAAAAAAAAGUUGACAUUCUUGUCAUUUUCUUUUAACCGUGGCAAAUUUCUGUGGAAAUGUACAUAACUCAGUUUAAGAUUAGAGAAAUGAGAUGUUGAGAGAAACUGAAAUUGACUAAUUUGCCUGUCCCUGGGCUAGAUCACAGCUACAUUGUAGGAGGACAGUUGGUGAUGAACGUGAAGUUUAUCCAAGUCAGGAUGGAAUCCUAAUAAAGAUGGGUGUGGACCAGAGCAGUCUGGGAAAGUGAGGCUUUAGUGGACUCCAUGUGAAAUUUUUCACCGUAAAGUUGCAGCUGGAGUGAAACUUAAGAGAUUGACGCAGCUUUGGGUCAAGCUGUCCUCUUCACCUCCAAAACAUCUCAUCCUGAUUCUCUAAACAAUCUCUCUGCACUUGACCCAGCACUUCCUUGCAGAGGAGGAGGCUCAUUAUUUACAGCACGUACUCAUACUCAAUGGUAGAGUUAGCCUGGCCUUGAAUAAAUGAAGAUGGAUCAGCUGCUUUCUUAUGUAUGAGCUGUGCUUGAGAUUUAGAUAGAACUUCAGUUUUGCUGGUGGAAAUUCAAGAGUAGAUCUGUUGUGGUUGAGGCAAUCCCAGGCUCCAUGCCCAAAACAUGAAUUUUUAAGCUGAAGAGUGAAAAGCUAAAGUUACGAAAGUAACCGGUCUGAUUAUGUUCUGUUCCUACUGAAAUACUUCCUUGCAAAUAAGUAGGGAUGUAUGGAUAUGUCAGUUUUUAUUUCUCUCAGCUUCUCAUUUCCAAUCUUAAGUUCAGAUUUUCACAUUUCCAUGUCAGUCUGCAUUAAAAAGAAGGGGGAAUUGUAUGCGCUUUUUUGUAAGGAAUUUGAUAGUGUUGGCAGUUCCCCUAGAAAUCUGAUGAGGGACCUUUUUUCACCCAUAGGAGCCAACUCCUAGCCAACUCCUAGGAGCCGAAGUCCCUUUGAGGCCCCCAAUAAAAUAUUUGAGGGAGCCACUCCCCCCAAGUUGAUGGACAUUGCCAUUCAAAUGGUGUGUGUGCACCAUAUCUUGUGAUUGAUUAUGCAUGGCAGGGCUUACCUGCCCCCCUCCCAAUAUUUUAUUCAAGUUGGCACCCCUGUCUUCACUUAUGCUCAGCCUGUACAUAUGGAUAGAGAACAUGAAUACAUUGUGUGCCAUUUAAGUUUUCAUUGAUCAGAGAAUUGAUGCACACACAAUACUAGGUUUUUAAAGGUGUCAUAUUUCCCUAUCUCCAUUUGUUGGGAGACAUAUCUUCAAGUUCUCGCACUUCAGGUUCAAGCUAGUUCUGUCACUGAAUAUGGUCAGUGACAAAUGGAGCCUCCAUGGUUAGCUGCAGUGUACUGAUGCUGGGAGCAAAUAGAGUGUGGUACUAUAUCAUGCCUUGCCUGAGGUUCCAGGGCAUGUUGCUGGUUAUUGCUACAAGCAGAAUGCUGGAGUAGAAGAACCCUUUUUUUAAUUCUUCAAGCUCUUGAGUCAAAGUGCAAUGGGUUUCUUUGUGUUUUUCCCAUAGCAAAACUGUCUUCUGAAUAAGUUUGUUUUCAUGCUCCUUUCUCAGGGCAUCAGGCCAGCAGUCUUAUUUUAUUGCUGUCUUUAUUAUGACAAAAUGUGGGCAAAACAAAUUCCACAGUAGGUUUCACUAGUUAAAUAUUCUGAGGUGCUGUUUGUCCUUUUAUUGGGAGAGACAAAAUAGAAGACCAGGCAAAUAUCACAUGGGAGGACUUUAUAAAAUAAAGAAGGGCAGUAGCGCUCAUUCACUCAUUUUUCUCAGCAGCUGGAAUCCAGAGGCAUGCUCCUUUGAUACUGGAAGAAAUGACUAGUGGCCAGUAAUAGUAGCUUUAUUCUCCACGAAUUUGUCUAAUUCACUUUUAAAGUCAUCCAGUUUGGUGACCAUUCAGGUUCUUCAUUGUCCAUUGCAUAUUUGCACAUAGGAGGGGAGGGAUUUUUAAAAGCCUGCUUUUAUGUUUUUCUCUCUCUCUUCCUCCUUCUGUGACAUUGGCCUUGAUCCAGCAUUGUCAAUAUAACUGCAGCUAUAAUGGCAGGGCGGGAGGAACUGUGAUUGUAGAAGAAAAGGCGAGUUUUCUUAACUAGAUGGCUUCCUUUAGGUUAUCCUGGUGAGGCUUCUUGAUUGGACUGGAAGAAACUUCUGGUCCAGUCAAUUUCACUCUUAAGGUAAAUUUAACUUGCAUAGGAACUUUCCUCGCUUCUGUGAAUAGGUUGUGUUAAUGCACUAAAACGAAACAAGCCAGCCCAGUUCUGUUCACCACUCUUUAAUAGAGAACCACAACAAUUGCAGCAAAAUCUAUACAAGUCUACUGAAUGUCUCACUGAUCUGGGCAAAUCAUUUCAGCAUUCUCCUUUGAGAAAGGAGGAUAGUGCUUGUGCUGUGAUGCGCAAUGCAUGUUCGUAAAAUGCUUGGAAAGCUUUGAAUGAGAGGGACUGAGCUUGUGCCAAGUAUGAUGUAUCAAAGGGGCAGCUCCUCUGCCUUGUGAUCUGUGUAUCACAGAAAGGCAGGACAAUCCCGGGUAGUAUCCUUGGAAAGGGAGGCUGUCGUUUACAGGACAUCACUCGCUGGUUUCCUAAUUUUGUUUCUGCACUCCUGUCCGAAUAAGGUUAGAAGCUUCCUUUUGCAGCAACCGAGUCUCUUCCCUAGCUCCAAUAAAGUUUGCUUAUUUUGUUUUGUGGGUGGAUGCAUGAGAAGGGCAAGGUCACUUCAGAACAAAUGUAUCUCUGUGUGUAUUUCUUGUGAUUGCUGCCAGUGGAACAGUUUGCUAACUUUUUCCUCCUCCCUUUCCUGUAGAUCUCAUAAAGCACGGGCGAGAGAGGUUAGAACAGACGAUCAAGACCUCCAGUUCCAGACUGUGUUCCUAGUGAGUAUAAGGCUCUUUCUAUUAGGGGGUCACUGUCGCUUUAAAGCUGAGCCUGAUCAUAGUCUCCCACAAGCAAUAAGCAGUGAAUUGAGCUGGCUGGCACGGGGUGUGUUGCAGAGGGAAGCAUCUCUUGCACAAACUGGGACUUGUUGCCCAGUAUGGCUUUGUUGCUCAACGCUGCUUCUGAUGAAGGCUUUUACUCAUGCAGAUGUAAGUAACGCUGCUAAAUGAGAUGUUUCAAAAUGAGAUCCUUUUGAGCGGUGAUGUCUAUUCACGGCAUGCUUUGAAAUAAGGGGUUUCUGUGGAACUGUAGGACUUACAAAAUAAGGGAAGGGGUUUGGGCUGCCUCGCAAUCUCUUGUGGAGAGGGGUGGAGAGAGUAUUAAAUGUCAAAAGGUUUUGUCUUGUAACUUUCCUGCUAGGUAGAAGGGGAAGCUUGAUGGUCAGGAUUUCCCCUGGGGCUUUAAUAGCAAGAGUGUUCUUCCUAUCAGCAUAUCAGUAAGGGGGAUGAAUAUUCACUUUGUUUAUAUUCAUGUGCUACAGUUUGUGUCACCUGGUUUUGUUGGCUGAUAUUCCUUAUUUGGGGGUGGGGGAAAAGGAAUGUACAAUAUGAAUGUCUGUCUCCCACCAACUAAUAAGAGGGACUAAUUGCCACUUGGAGGUAGCCUUUGAUCAGCAAAAUGCUACAGAUGGAGAAGGGUUGGACCCUUCCCCUUGAUUCAAUUUUGCCAGCUCCCAGGGGCUGCUUUUAAACUUUGAAAAUGACACUGGCAUUGUGUGGACUUUGGCCCCUAAUUAAGGCACCUACAAUGGGGAUAUGGCAUCAGAAAUAGCACAGCAUGCAUAAACAUCGCAUCUACAGUACCAGCCACUGUGUGCUAAAAGCAGGAAAGAGGACAGAGAACUAUUUUGCUGCUGAGGGUUUUGUUUCUUACUGUCUUGCAUGGAGACAGGAGAGGGGUUAAUUCUGUGUCCAUCUGGUAUGCCGGCUGAGACCCUACCCGCCUGCGCACUGUCUUGCCAGUCAGAUGGGCGGGCUACAUCAUCUGUAUUCAGUAAUAAUAAAAUCUCAGUUAUGGGCUUGAUAGCAUACACACUUAAUAAACAGCUCCCUCAGGUGUUAUUUUUCCACCUAUGGCUGACAACUUAUUCCUCUAAGUUAGAAUAACAUCUGCAACUUGAGGGCUCUCCCUGUUGAGGCAGAGGCUAGAGUUGCCCUGCUCUCCACAUCUCCGAAACUGACUGUUUUCUUGUUUUUCACAGUGCUGAAAGGGUUGCCACCUUAAUGGACCGUUCCAAAAGCCAAGAUGACAGCCAGGUAAGGUCCUGGUACCUUCUUUCUUAAAUGUAUUUAGAUGGGUUCAAAUAUGAACGUGGAGAAUUUUAAGAAGCUCAGUUCCUUACCUGUCCAAGGGUGUCUGUGGGGAGGGGGACUGGAAAGCCUCAUCCAUUGCAGUAGGCUUUGCUGGUAUGCAUUUACUGUACCAGAAAGCUCCACCUUCUCUCACACUGUUGCUCAACCCUGGCGGUCUUAGCUAACAUCAGCUCUGUACUUCUGUCAUUUUUCAGCCUUCAUCGCCAACGGACAACAUCAACCUUGGACCUUCUGCUAACCCCAAGUAAGUGCAUGCAACAGUCAACACAUUUUGCAAGGUUAAGAAAUGCAAUGAAACUCUACUUCACUUUCCUUAAUUUGCUCUUCUGGGGUGUCUGGAGCUCCUGAACACAACUUCUGUUUGCAAAAGCGAAGUGUUGGAUUGUAGGCAAGCCAGGGUAGUGGUGGGAGUUUUAUCGUACCGUGUUGGUGAUGUCACAGACACUAGCCAGUAUAUGGUCAAAAUACAUGCAACCCCACUCCUACCAGCACUCCAGGUAGCUGUGCCACUGUUAGCUGGGGGGGGGGGGUCAAGUAUUUCCAGCAAUGAUAUAUUGCGGUUUGAGAGCUGGGAAAAUGCAAUGUCACUAAAACAAAAGUGCUUCCUCAAAUUAAGACAUUUGUAUUGUGUGCAACAAAUCAAUAUUGUUCAUAAAGGUUGCAUAACAGCAUCGAAUGGGGUAUAGCUAUGUUGCUUGUUCUCCCUAUUCUUGUCACAACCCUUAUCUCAGUAGGUGCUUGGGACAUACUAUAUGGCAGUCACACAACAGCAAGGGAUGUACUAACUGUGAAGGGAAAAAAUCUGUGUUUCUGUGAAGAAAAUCGAACACAGUUGGUUAUUGCAACGACAUUCCUGCAACAAAAGCACAGCCUCAAGGGAAACAUCCCCACUUAUCCCAACAAUUGUGUGAUCUAUUUAUCCUCCUAAAAAUGCAUUUGUCCUCCUGUUGCCCACCCCCACAAGCUGUGUAACCCCAGCACAUACAUCUCUCAAACAAUGAAAUAUAAAGCCUUAGCAUCAAGACAAGCCAAUCUUCUUUUACUGGGGAGAGACGAAGAGCUCUUACUACACUCUUGAUCAGAGAUUGUGGGUCAGCUUUAAUACUUUGGGAAACCUGGGUUUGUGAGAUCCCCAGUCACUCCUUCAUUCUCUGGCUGUCAGUUGUCUCCUACGAAGGUGGGUGGGCAUCAAGCUUGAGAACAUCUGCUUUGCUUUUUCCCUAGAACCCCAAGAUCCACUAGCUGGACCGAAGUACAAAACAGUGGCUGAGAGACAAGGAACAGAGAUGCAUAUAGAAUUGAGGAAGAGGGCACAUCUGGGUGCACUUUAGGCUAGACAUUUGUUUGCAGUGCUGAGCUGAUGGGCCCUUCACACACAUUCUGGGUAUCCCCUCCAGCCUCAAAUUUCUUUGUUAUAGUGGACUAAUUUAGGGGAAAGCUCCUAUUGUUAAAAGAAUUGGGAAUCCAAAAUAUUUGGUGAUCUACUAUGGAUCACCCAGAGAUCUAUAUUCUGCCCAUCCCUGGUGUUGUUUUGGAUUUGUUUGGUAGGAAGAGCAAGAUAGAAAUGUUGUUGUUGUUGUUGUUGAUACAGUUCUAGGAGCUCUGAAACAGAUUUGCGUGGAGUAGGACAGCUUUGGAAUCCAUGUUACGAUCCCUCAUGCUCAUCUACUCCUAAUAAUUAGCAUUUCCAGCAGAGGUGGGGUAGCUGCAGCCCUUCAGCUGUUGUUUAGCUCCCAACUCCCACCAGCUGCCAGCCAGCCUGGCAAAUUUUCAGGGUUGAUGCGAGUUGGAGUCCAACCACAUCUGGAGGGUCACAGAUUCCUCAGCCCUGGUACUCAAGUUUGGAAGCAAAGAGGGCUUCAGGUUUGUGUAUACAGAUAAUCCCUAAUACAAUAGCCAUUAACCCAAAUAUCCUUUUUAUCAUUUCCAUGUGAGAGAUUAUUUUACUGUGUUUGUAUUUGAACCUUUUGCUCCUAUUUUCUGCUUGGUUUUCCUAAAUAUGUACCUUAAGCCACAAAAAUGCACUAGUUGAACUCUUAGCCAAGCAAUCACCCAAGAGAAUAGCAGGUUAUCUGGUUAUGAAGAGGUGAAUGUCUGUAAGAACGGUAGUGGUAGUCAGCUGAUGUUUACUCAGAAUAGACCUAUUGAAAUUAAUGAUCAUGACUAAAUUGGGUCCAUUAAUCUCCACUCUGAAUAAACCUUAGCUGACUACCAUCCCGUGUCUUUAUCUGCCAGGACAGAAUGACAGAAUUGAGGAAAGGUUGCGGUGGGGAGAAUCUAGCUGACUGAAGAAAAGAGCUUUGUGUGUUUUACUUUGUUUCCUUUUUCUAACAGUGCCAAGCCAACAGAUUUUGACUUCCUAAAGAUAAUUGGCAAAGGUAGCUUUGGAAAAGUAAGUGGCCUAGAUUGCAAGAAUUUUAUUUAUUUUCUUUUAUUACUGUGUCAAUGACACGUGGCAACCAUCAUCCCAUUUCUUUUCCCACUUUGCUUUCAUAUGCAUGGCUUCUAGUGCUUUUGAACUGGUGCCCUAAAUUCUAGCAUUUGUACCCACAAUGUGAUUCUUCCCCUCCCCAUUUGUUAUUGCUAUUCCUGCUCUUUAGUCUGCCGCUCCCUUUUGCCAUCUUAAAGUAAGGAGCUAGAAUGAAAUCUGGAGAACAGAUCCUUCAAGGGACUCAGGGUUCUGAACCUAGUCCCCAUCUUUAUCUUCUCAACCAUCCUGUUAAGUGACCAUUAUGGCUUGGCAGGCAUUUGAACUAGAACUCCCUAAGUCUUAGCCUGACAUGCUCUCUCACAGCAUCUCAGUGGUACCUUUAAAGGGCCCAUUUUAAUAAUGAAAGUCGUAUUAAGAAGUUUCAAUGCCAUUCUCUUUUCAAUUUUACUUUUGUGCGUAAGGUAGGGAGCAGUUACUGUGUGCAAUGGAGUAAUUAGUGAUAAGCUGCUGCUGCUCUUGAUUAUUGGAAAUCCAAAAUAUGUUCAGUUAUGCAUCGAUUCACCCCAACACCAACACUAAAUUGUUCCUAGGAAUGGGGCCUGCUGAUUGGCACAAUGGAGGAAGCAAAGUCUCCCUGCCCUGUACAUUGUGCAGCUGCCAACUUGGCAUGCCACUGUAAUGUGAACAUAAAACACUGACCAAUUAGUUAAGGACAUGAAAGCUGGACACUUCUUUUACCCCCUCGGUUUUUCAAUCCCGCUUCAGGUCCUUUUGGCAAAACGCAAAUCUGAUGGGAGGUUCUAUGCUGUGAAAGUUCUGCAGAAGAAAUCUAUUCUCAAGAAAAAAGAGGUAUCAUUUCAAAGGAAUCUACUUGCACUUUCAACAAAUGAGUUUUAUUACUCUCUCCCUAUGCUCUGUAUAUCGCGCCCCCCUCUCUGUGUGUGCGUGAGAGAUUCUAUCUGUGUCUAUAUCUGCAGGAGCACAACUCUUAAUAGCUCUUCAGGUGAAUAAUUUCUGGGCUUUGAAAGCUAUUUUAUACUUGCCAUCUCCCUGGAGUCAGCUACAUUCUUAAAAAAAAAAAGUGUUUAAAAUGCAUUAUAACACUGUGACAGUAGAUGGCGCUGUGGAGUUCUGUCUUUCAGCAACGUUAUUUCCCAUUACGAGGUUUACAACGCGUUACAAUGCGUUUUCCUGAAACGUUUUUUGCUUGUGUCUAGAUCCAGCCUCUAUCCUAACCAAAAAACAUGGUCUGCCAUUGGUGAACUGCAUCACAUUGGUCUGAGGGCCAAACUGCACACAACACUAAAUGUGUCCCUUGUAGAUGAAUGAAUUGUUCUUCUUUCUUUCUUUUACUCUAUAAAUUGCACUUGUGGGGGUCUCAGGGAUGGAAAAAGAAUCCAUUUCAAAUGGGUUUAUACACAGAAAUUUGGCAGUCACAACCUGACUGUGCUUCAUUGAGCUUCCGCUUAUGUCUGAGCACCCAUGCAUUUAUUUUUCUUUUUAAAGCCUGACUAAUUAUAUGCAAAAUUAUACAUACAUUAUACUUGUAAUAUGCAUGAGUCAGCCCUUGUAGUAUAAUGAGCAUUUUCAUACAGUUGUAUGCAUUGUUGUAUGUAUGUAUAAUAAUGCAAAUAAUAUACGAGAAUAUUUUCAUUUUUGUUGGAGCCAGCAAAACAACCCCCUCUCUUCUUGUUGAGAUCAAAGAGUAAGGUGGGAAUUAGAAAAAUAAAAUUGGUGUAUAGAAGCUGAACAUCAAGAUUUUCAGAAAAUCCCAUCCAUGGCUCCAAUUAGGACCCCAGCUCUCGCUCGGGGGGAGGGAGGGGGUGUAACCAUUUCCUCCCAUGCUAGAGAUCCAUUUAAAAUUCCUCCUUCCCUUGAAGUUGCUGUUAGGCUUUGCUAAAGACAUUUAUGUAUAUGUGUGUGACUGUAGUGAAUUUAAUUUUGAAACGAAACAAAACUUGAUCUGUGAACUUAGCCCUUCCUUCCUCCCUCCCUCUCUUUCUCUUUCUCUCUCUCUCUGUCUCGGUUCUUCAUAGCAAAAUCACAUAAUGGCAGAACGCAAUGUGCUCCUGAAGAAUGUGAAACAUCCUUUCCUUGUGGGGCUCCACUAUUCCUUCCAGACCAAAGAGAAACUAUACUUUGUACUGGACUAUGUAAAUGGAGGAGAGGUGAGUGAGUGUCAGUUUUUUGCAUCACGCAGAGCAUUGGGUUCUGUCAGUGCUAUCAUUCUGGGCUUUACCUUCAACGUGAAUAGGUGCAAUAUUAAAAGUCUUCUGAGUGAUUUGGCAUAUGUUCAGUUCUAGUUAUCAUAGUUAAUACGCUGUACCCCUGUGGUCUUCAACUUUUUCAAACUUAGGACUACUUACUUAUUCAUUCAGUUAGACCAUUUGUACACCACUCUUCAGCCAAAAUAUCUCCCAAAGCAUCUUACAAACAAUCAAAAUAAGGCAGUCCCUGCCGGCAGGCUUACAAUCUUAACAAAACAUGACAGACAAGGGAAAAGGGACAGUGAGGGAUGUUAGAGAAUUCCAACGAAAAUGGAAACAGGUGAAGAAAUUGCUUGUGGUCACUUAUUCAUCCCGUAUCAGGAAUGGAAAUUGGUCUACUGAAUGUGAUCGAUAUUUAUUGUUGUUCUUGCAAAUGAUACAUCACUGAUUGCAUUCUCCCCCCCCACAUUUGCACUGAAAUGAAUGGUGUAGAACAACAUAAUGACAACAUAAUGUAUGUAAUUAAUUACAUAAUUUAUAUAAGCUACGUAAUUUCCCCAGCCCAGUGCAUCCAGAUGUCUUGUACCGCAUCUCUGAUGGGAAGAGUUGUGGUUCAAAACAUCUGGAGGGCACCAGGUUGCUGUGUUCCUGAAAUAGCCGAGGAAUAGGGCAUCGGGUUGAAUACUGAAUACUUGGUAUUCCAUGAGUGUGGAAUAAUGAAGCUGUUUUCUGAGGAAAGUGUGUCAAAUCCAAAACCCUGUUAUAAGCAACCUGUUAAGUCUCUUGAUUCAGGCAUAGAGGUACUUACGGAAUAAGUUUUCUCCAGCCUCAAAUUCUCCCAUCUUGGUUCAUAGCUCUUCUUCCAUUUGCAAAGAGAACGUUGCUUCUGUGAACCUCGAGCCCGAUUCUAUGCAGCUGAAAUGGCCAGUGCGGUGGGCUACCUCCAUUCACUGAACAUCAUCUACCGGUACAGUAUUUUUGCAAUAACAGCAGGUAGCUUUAGUAAGACAUAUUAAGAUGUUUCAUAGGAAGCAAUUUCAAUAAUGCUGCUGCUGCUGCUGCGAUACAUUAAGGUUGGAGUGUUUUUUUUUCCAGAAUAGUGUUGCCUUUAAAGAAAAUAAAAUUUUAACUCUUCUUUUUUUAAAAAAAGAAUAGUUUGGAAUGUCAACCUCCCCACCCCGGCCGCUAAAGAGUUGAUGAACUAGAUUAGUAGCGGUCAAGAGGCAAUCCUCCAUAUCACUAACCAUUCCCUGUUUGUCCUAAUGUGUUUCUUUCCCACCCCAGAGCCACUUAACAGGGGGGUGGGAAACCUAUACCCCUCCUGUUGUUGGACUACAGCUCCCAUUAUUCCUGGCAACUGGCCAUGUUGGCAUGGGCUGAUGGGAGCUGGAGUCUUACACAGCAGUGCAAUUUUACAUCACCUUUUUUAUCGGCCCCUUCAAGGUUAGAAGAGUAGCAGGAUGUCUGCACUAAAAAGUGUGGCAUAAUGACCAAACAUUGUGCCAAUGAACAGAUGAUCUAGAAAUGCUAGAAAAUAAAGCAAGUGUAUAAGAGAACUGAUUUCAUUGGUAUGUGAAAGGUAACUCUGGAGACUUUUUGGAAUCUGCAAGAUGUACGGUAAUUCUUUUAACAGAUACAUCUAAGCACUUGAAGCUGGCGAGGAGGAUUCCCUGAAAUCCCACCAGAUUUUAAUCACCAUAUUCCCACCUCCCUUAUUCUCUUUCCUCCUUUCUUUAGGGACUUGAAACCUGAAAAUAUUCUCUUGGAUUGUCAGGUAUGUAUUUAUGGAUUCUUGCACAUCACUGUGUGAUCUACUUCAGUUGUUAUUUGUUGGUAGGAAAAGUUUUGUAAUUAUACUGGGACAACCAAGUCAAAUAGGAAUGCAAAAGUGGCAAAAUAUGGAAUACAGCUUCCUAAGGAGCUCAGUAUUUCUCCUUUUUCUUUUAGGGCCAUGUUGUACUGACUGAUUUUGGACUUUGCAAAGAAGGAAUGGAGCCAGAGGAAACAACAUCUACUUUCUGCGGCACCCCAGAGGUAUGAUUAUGAAAACACGUCUAUGUGUUUCAAUAGGUGAUUUUGUCUCUGCUUUGACUUUUCCAAGGAACUGAGCACCACCACUGAGAAUGGACUGUGCCAGCUGAGUAGGCUUUUUAGUCCUGUAGGCUUACACGGAGUAGCCCCUACUGAUGUUGUUCUGCCAUGACACACAAUGCAAUUCUCUAAAUCUGGGAUCACGAAACUAGUGGUCAUGGGCAUUGUGGUACUAUCAGACACCCCUUGGUGCCUGCCAAAGCCCUCUGCCCCUCUCAAGUUGUGAUUUAUUUAUUUUUUAAUUGAGGUUAGGUGUUCGUUCUUUUUUUCUUUUUUAGAAUAAGUGAUAGUAGGAUUGAUGGAAAAUGAAAUGCAAGCAACAGCCAGAUACCCAUGCUCUUAUGGGACCCAUAUGGAGAUGCAUUGCCUGUUUUCUGCUUGCCCAUUUGUUUUGCCUGAUUUUUUUGUGGGGGUGUUGCAGGAUGUUUUGACUGCUUUGGUUUUUCGGGGGUUGGCUGUUUGUUGGAAGGUGCUUUUUGUUUGGGGGUUGCUGCCUGUUUUUUAAAAAAUCUCUGUUUGUUUUGGAGUGUGGGUAGAUGUUUUGCUUAUUGUUUGCCCUUUUUCCAUAUGUGAAAUGGGUAUUCUGUGGUGCCCAUGACACUUACUUACAUUUCUUAAUGUGCUACCUGGCCCCCAAAAGUUGAAGAUGUUAUGUACUGAAGUUCUCACCCUGGUCCAGCAGGGGGAUACUGUAGAUAGUUUUCACUCAGGUCCACAUAUGCAAAUAAGGGAUUGAAAGUGACGUUCAGUGAUUGGAUAGUUACAGAAAGUGGUUACUGUGUCGUUGUGGUGGAGCUCUAUAUAAGCAGGCUGGCUGAACCCUUCAGUUUAGUUCUAUUCUGGCCUGUGAAUAAACAAGAGCUGUUUGAAGAAUCGCUGUGUUGUCUGAUAUGUUCACCCACAACUUAACAGAGGACAUCUGCUCUAAAUCUAAAACAAACAACAGUCAAAGUACUGAAUCUGAAGCUGCAAAUUGGUCCCCUUCUCUUCUCUGCCAGUUGUGUGAACUCUGUAGGGACAGUGAACAGCAUGAGCUGAAGUAACUUAUAAUUCUGGUAGGAGGAGCUGAAAGUGUCAAAACUAUGAAUUAAGGCCUGAAUUGGAGGUGUGAGGCUAUGCUCCCAUUUAAAACAUGCUGGGUAAUCUUUUAACAAGCCACAGCAAAAACAAAAAAGGGUUGUUCAACUUAACUUGAAACUGGAUGGGUUGAAUUUCUCCUAUCCUUUUUCCUCCCUACCCCCUACUCCAGGAAGAAUUUAGAAGCACUAAUCUUUAUAACAGGGGUAGGGAACUUGUGGCCCUACAAAUGUUGUUGGCCUCCCAUCAAACCCAGCCAGCGUGGCCAAUGGACAGGGAUGGUGGGAGUUGUAUGUUUUAAUUUGAAAACACGAGGCAACAGUCUGUCACAUAAAGAAGCUUGAAUCCUCCAGAUGUUGCUGGGCUACCAAUCAAGGAUACAUAUGUGACGCUGUGGUCUAAACCACUGAGCCUCUUGGGCUUGCUGAUCGGAAGGUCGGCGGUUCAAAUCCCUGUGAUGGGGUGGGCUCCCGUUGCUCUGUCCCAGCUCCUGCCAACCUAGCAGUUCAAAAGCACCUCAGUGCAAGUAGAUAAAUAGGUACCGCUGCGGCGGGAAGGUAAACGGCGUUUCCGUGUGCUCUGGCUUCCGUCACGGUGUCCCAUUGCGACAGAAGCAGUUUAGUCCUGCUGGCCACAUGACCCGGAAAGCUGUCUGUGGAUAAACACUGCCUCCUUUGGUCUGAAAGCGAGAUGAGCGCCGCAACCCCAUAGACGCCUUUGACUCAACUUCACCAUCGAGGGGUCCUCUACCUUUUUCACCUUACCUAUGUGGCUUCUGGAAAGUUACUGGGAUACUUCGUGGUGGUGUGCUCUGUUUUUAAAUCUUCUUGUCCUUUCACAGUAUUUGGCUCCAGAAGUGCUGAAGAAACAGCCCUAUGACAGAACUGUAGACUGGUGGUGCCUUGGAGCUGUUCUCUACGAAAUGUUGUUUGGUUUGGUGAGCUUUCAAAAACUGACCUUGCUUUUGCAGGCAACAGUUCAAGUGCUGAAAGUGGUUUGAAAGAGAAUCCUAAGCUGUGGGCAAGCCGAUUUAGACCACAGGCAACAGUGGGACAAACGGCUUUUACAGGUGGUUUGGAGCAACAGAAAAAGCUGUCAUCCUGUUUAACUAGAUGCAAAAAGCAGAGGUGUUUAUACCCAUUUACAAUGAUCCCUCAUUCAAGCCACUUUCAGCUCUCCGGGAAGAAGUCCCAUUCCACCCCACCCCCGGCCUCUUUAAUAAUGCUAUAAUCCAGAGACAUUCAAUGAAGCUGAAUGUUGGGGAGACACAGGAAGCACAGAAACAACAAAGUUUGAAUACGGAAUUUGCUACCACAAGGUGUGGCGAUGGUCACCAACUUGGACAGCUUGAAAAGGGACUUAGACAAAUUCACAGGCUUCUGAUGGCUACUGGUUAUGGUGGCUACAUUGCCUCCAGUAUCAGAUGCAAUAUGUUGUUGUUGUUUAGUUGUGUCCGACUCUUCGUGACCCCAUAGGUGCAAUAUGCCUGCCUCUAACUACCAGUUGCUGGGAAUCACACGUGAGAGAGGCUAUUGCAAUCAUGUCAUCCUUGCAAGCUUCCCUUAGGCACUUGUGGGAACAGAACACUGGACUUUGAUCCAGCAGAAGUUUGCCGUAUGCUAACUCACACUAGUCUUACACUAUUGACACGAGCCUGGCUCCUCCUUACUCCUCUGUGCCAGUGGAAUUAGCUCAAUUAGCCCAGGCAUAGCUAUGUUCUGGGGACAAAAGUUGACCGUUCAGCAGCUGCUGACACUGCCCUGUAUCUGACUGUUGAUUUGUGUUUGUAGCAAUCUGUUGCAAACAGUGUCACAAAUUGGUGCACCAUAUAUGAACCGUAAUUAUAUGAUUCCCAGCUGUGUUUGCUACCUUUUGCUUCAGUGUAGGUUAGACUGAGGUUGCGUUAAUAAAACAGAGCAAGCUGUGGACUGCAUGCUUAGUCAUUGCUAAGCAACUGAGGAUUUAUCUGAAACAUUCCACAGUAGUAUAUGAAACAAAAAUUUAAGAAGCACUAUCCCCUCCGUUUCCUAGCUGUCCUGUUGAACUGUAGAAAAAAAACAACUAGCAUGAAUUUGAUGUCUCUGCAAUAUUGCAAUGCAUGCUUAUGCAACUUGACUUUUCUCCUUCUUCUUCUUUUCCCCUCCCACUUCUCUCCUAUCAGCCUCCGUUUUACAGCCGGGAUGUGUCUCAGAUGUAUGAUAAUAUUCUGCACAAGCCACUUCAGAUUCAAGGAACCAAGACCAUAGCAGCUUGCGAUAUUCUGCAAGGACUUCUCCAUAAAGAUCAGAAGAAGAGGCUGGGAGCCAAGACAGACUUUGUACGUUUAGAGCGCUAGUCACCAUUACUCAUUCCUUGUUUUCACUAAGAAUUUCAUCCUUCCCCGAGAGAGCAAUAUUUUAACACCUGUUGAAACACCUGCAGCCUCCCAUUUUCUGUGUCAGUUAUUGGCUGAUCUGCACUGUCCCCUGUCAUCUUUGCUGCUCUCUUGUCAGGUUGUCUCCACAUCCUUCAUUUUUGUCCUUCUGCCUUGCAUUGAUUGCAAAACCCCUAAGAUGUGACCAUGUCAUUUCUAUGUUUUAGGGGACUAGAGACUCUGCUGUGGCUGUGUAAUCAAUGUUUCAUAUUAGCAGCUAGCACUGGGUGAAUCUGUCAGUCUUGGUUUCUCUCAAUUUCUCAUUUUCCGUCAUUAAAUUCAGUCUUUCACAUCAGUUUACAUAAAAAAAAGGCAUCAUGAAAAUUAAUUGGCAUUUUAGCAUGAAUUUCUCCCAACACAUUUGUAUGGAAUUUCUCCUAAUAUUUUUGCAAACCAAAAUGCAUUUUGCAUCUUGUUUUCCUUAAUAUAUGCAUUUUUAUGCACGCUUUGCCCUAGUAUAUGCAUAUUUUGCACACAUUCUUUGACUGGAGAACUGCACUGCAAAAUUUGUAGAAGUGCGAAUUCUUUUUUUUUUUUUUAAUGAUAUUUAUUGAAAAUUUUUAGAAUUACAAAAGAGAACAAAGCAGAAAAAGAGGAAGAAAAAAGAAAGAAAAAACAAACCACAUCAAACAAUACAAAUUCAAAAAACCAAAAUACACCACAAACACUCAAAAACAAAUCCAUCAUUCUCAAAUCCUCAACUGUCAUUACAUUCUUUCUUUGACCUCCUCCUCCUCCCUUUUUUUGUAUCCUAGUUGUUAAUUGUCGCAGCAAAUCCUUUCCAUAUUUCAUAAUAUUCUGUCAUUACAUUACCUUAAUCUAUUUUAAUCCUAUCUUACUAUAAAAACCUUAAAGCUUAAAACUUAAAUCUUAUUUUUACCAACUUCUCAUAACCAUAAUAUUCUUACAUAAUUCUUUAAACAUUUUUGCUAAAGCCAAGUAAUUUCAUUCGAACAUUUUUCUAACAUUCAUCAAUUUUAUAAAACAAUCCUAGUAGUAAAAAAGAAAUAAAAACAAUCCAAUCUUCAUCCAGCGUCCCUUCCUCCUGGUCCCGGGUUUUGUCAGUCCGUAUUAUCCCAUCGAUCUAGCGCAUUAACCUGGUAACCUUGUAUCCGAGGCCCUUAAGUCUCUUCCAUGUCCCUUCCGCAGCUCUUCUUCAAAUUUUUAACUGUAUUUUCCUUUGUCUCCUGCUCCUUUCACUCGUGGGAACUCCAGCUUAACAAUGUUUUCGACCCUUCUUGACAAAUCAGCCCCUUUUCCAUAGUCCACACUAAACUCCAUGUGGUAUUUAAGAACAUGUUUCAAAAUCCCUCCAAAAUUAAGAGCCCCCACAACCCCAAACAUCUCACGGCCCAUUGCCAGGUUGAAAGGUCCAAACAUCCCUGCAUAGGGGGGUCUAUCCAACCCCCCAUUUCCAAACCAAACCAAACUUUAUCUUUCCAAAUCUGGCUUUUUCCAAGUUCAUUUGUCAAGUCCAAAAGCUCAUGUUCCUGCUGGGUCACAGCUCCCUUCAUCUCUGGCGCCCAAGAUUCAGUAACAUCCUCUUCUCUCAUCUGUUCUGUCAGGGCACACUCCUGAUUUAAUUCCUGGGUGGGCUCCAUAUAAUUUCCCACUGCCUGUUCAAAAUUUCUGAUCGCAUCAGUCAUCAAAUCCGUCUUCUCAUGUAGCUGUUCCAGUAGGGCAUUUGUUUUACAGAAAGCACGCAACAGAGCUUCUGAAUACAUUGUCCUGCAAGGUCAGAAGUCUGUUCCCACGAUUGUAAUCUGUAACAGCUGCAAGCUCGCCGGAGUUGGUUACAGUUUCACAGUCUCCCUCUAGGGGGAAAACUUCUAUUUGUUCUUUCUUUUAAAGACAAGUCUAACAACAAAGUUUCCUUUUUCAGAUAUUUUGUCAAUAUUUGUUCCUUUAAAAUGCGAAGGGGAACAAUGGAAUCAAUGUUUCUCUUCUUAUAGCUAUCUGUCAAAAACGUUUGUCUCUGGUCAAUGAGCUUCAAAAAACGUCAGUCCUGACACCCUGCUCCAGGAUCAGGACGGUGGAAAGUUACUUUACUUUACACUCACUUCUGCAGGUUUAAACAGUCCGAAAAAAUCCCCCUCUUCUCCUGCUUCCGAAGGGGGGUUCAACAAUUUUAAAUGAUGAAAGUUAAUCUUUUACAAGCGAUUUUCUGAGCUCUAGUUUGCCAUGUCUUUGCUUUAAUCUAUCUACAUAGAAACGGAAGGCUGACUUCCUGUUUAGACCUACCCGUUUCAGUGCCAAAUUGAGGUAAACUUUUAAGUCCAAUUUUCCUUUCUGCUCGCAAGUCCUUAUUUAAAGUACAAUUGUCCGAAAUUUAAGUACUCACGGGUGAUUAUUUUAGAAGCCAAAUUGUCCCAGGAAAAAGGCAGCGCUCUCCGGCAAUGGCUGUGCGGCUUCGCUCCACGGAAGAAGCAGUUGACUCUCAGCACCGCGCCACUUCCCCCUCUUCGCUCCGGAGCCCGUUAGUAGGUUCUUUUGCGGGUUGGGGGGGCGCUAAAGGUGCCCGCCGAGUCCCAUGGUCACAGGCUUCAUCCGCCUGUGAUUUUUGAAAGGGUCCCCGCUUCGCCGUAGUGGAAAAGACCCGUUUCGCGUGGAGCUAGUCCCUCCAGAUCAGAGGGAGUCCGCCAUUGCCGAUGGCGCCACCCCGGAAGUCGAAGUGUGAAUUCUUUGGGUGCAUUGGAAAGGGUGAAUGAAAUAGGUUCACCUUUAAAUGUGAACUGAACUGAAAUUCUUUUCCCAUUCCUUUCCCCAUUCCUGUUAGCAGCAGUGAUAAUAACUCCAAGGAUAAUAACUCCUCCAGACUGGUGUUUUUUUUAAAUGUGGAUAUAUUCUGCAACAUGCCAUGGGCACAAUAACAGUACUUUAGUGGUGGAUUUAUACAGACUCGUUCACAUAUCAUUCUGCUAUAUUAGUUGUUUCGCAGUGUUCCUCCAAUGUUACCCUAUUAUUGCUAUCUGGAAGGGCACUAUUUCACUUUGGUGCAACAAAAGUGGGACCAAAAACAUGGGGACAUUUUAUACCACAGCAGGUAUUUAUGAGAUAUGCACUGAUUGAAAAUGAAGCAAUGAGUGGUAUUCAACUAAGUUUUACUUACAGCAGACUCACUGAAAUGAGUGAACAUGGCUAAGUUAUGCCCAGUAAUUUCAAUGGGUUUACUCUGAGUAAAAACUGAAAUAGCUGAAUACCACCCAGUAUGUACACACCAAAGCUUUUGAAAGCAGGACCACGUAUAACUGCCCUGAUACCAUCAUGAACACAAAUCAUCAUGAAUACACCAUAAAAAGGAUGUCUGGGGAAACCCAAGGACGAGUAGAAGCAGUAUGGGGAUAAGAUCAGAGUAGGCAACACAUUCAGUACAGAGGGCUACUGCUAACUUUCAUAGUUAGCAGUAUUUAAUUGGCUGCUAGUGAUCGCUUUCCUUGCAUACUAUGAUACUUGAAAAUAUGUCGACAUUUUCAUAUGCAUUUCUUGCUUUGCCCACAUUGCAGCUUGAUUUUGUAUGUCGGUGCUGCUGCUUUCUCUUGAUUAAUGUACUGUUUUUGGAAAUUAUAUGCAUGCAAAUACAUAUUGCUGACUGUGUUUACAGAAAGUUGUGUUCACCUGAGCUCUGCAGAAGGGAAAUGCUUAAGAGAUCUCAGAUGAGCUGAGAGAUGGCCAUGGUGGUGCUGGUUUUUUUUGAGGUGGGGGCGGGAUGCAUGGAAAUUUAAACGUACAGGUUUUUGUGAGUAGAUACAAGUGAAUGUGCCCAACAUCUAAGUUCUAAGAAUUUAUGGCUUACUCUGGAGUGACAUUCAUUUUCUUCACAGCUUGAGAUAAAGAACCACGUGUUCUUCAGUCCAAUAAACUGGGACGACUUGUACAGUAAGAGGAUCACACCUCCAUUUGACCCUAAAGUGGUAAGUGGAAAGUCUUCGUAAUGAUGAAUAGAGACUGGGCAUUAUUUAAUUUAAACUGUUUUAUCCCACUUUUCAGGAGAAAAGGCUUCUAGAGCAGCUUAUAGAUAGCAAGGGGGUAAGAUAGUCCUUGCCAUCAAGCCUGCUGCCUAAAAAGACACAAGAGGAAAAUGGAUGGGGCAGGAAGGUAGCAAGUUCAGGCACUGCUUCUUAUUGUAAUAACCAACUGGAAUGGAACAAAUUAGGAUAGGAUGAGCUAGUAUUUUCAGUGGAGCCAAUGGAGAGCCCUUGUUGUCCCAUCUUCCCCUUUCCUAGAGCCUGAUGGAAUUCCGCAGUUGGGGGAGGAUCCUGAUGGAACAUUAAGAAAUGCUUAAAGAGAUCACCUGCUCCAUCUUCUUUUAGGAUUUCUGGGGCAGAACCUCCACCUCUCCCCAAGAUCAUACAAUCCAAGGCACAGUAACUUGUGGUUCUUCAGAUGUUGCUGGACUAUAAAACCCACCCUCUUUGUCCAUUGGCCAUGCUCAUUGGGGCCAGGGGGAGCCGGCAUGCAACAACAUCUGGAAUGCCACAGGUUCCUCAUGCCUGAUAUAACUGGUCAGGGAGCUUCCUGACUUCAUAGGAUUGUAGAGUUGGAGGGGAUUCUGAUGGCCAUCUAGUCCAACCACUUGUGAUGCAGGAAUCGGAGCUAAGCUUGCAAUAUGCUGGCCAAGUCCAAGCAUCAUAGCCAUGUGUUGGUCAUUGGGGUUGCAUAAUAUCAUUUGCCUCUCAACCAGGGUUGGAAAUAGUAUCCAGUUCUGGUUUAGAAGAGCCAUAGUUUGCUCAGGCUUCACAUAACAUAACAAUUGCCCUCGUGUCCUGUCUGUGGGCUUUCAGCAGGUAUCUGGUUGGCCAAAGUGGAAAAUACAGUGCUGGACUUGACAGGCCUUUGGUCUGAUCCAGCAGGGAUCUUCCUAUGUUACCAUCUCCUCUCUCAUUGGUAAUAAUAAAAAACAGUAUUAGUAUUGCUGUCAUAAGCUGAGGCUUGCAGAAUAGAGAAAAAAUAACUUGCGGUUCCUUUUCAAGGCUGGUCCUGCUGAUCUACGGCAUUUUGACCCAGAAUUUACUCAGGAAGCGGUCUCCAGCUCCAUCAUCCGUACCCCCGACUUUGCUACCAGUAGUUGCAGUGCAACAGAUGCUUUUUUGGGAUUUUCUUAUGCACCAAAUGAUGAAGACUAAAGCAACCUAUGUCAACAAGGCUUGAGAAACCCAGUUUUUGCUCUCCAUUUAAACAGAGAAGAAGCCACUACCCUCUGACUAAUCUUCUAACUGGAACAGAACCAAGCUUUCCUUCCAUGACAUAUAAGACCUCAUAAUGUGAAUGCUCCUCUAAAGGAGGAAAUGCUGAUUAUUCUAGCUAGAAUUGUUUUAUUUGUACAAACUUGAACACAUUUAAUGAUACAAUCUUGUGCCAAAAUUGAUGUCCUCUUAUGAGAAUGCAGGCUAACCUCUGUUUGAAUUGCCACCCAAGGUAUUCUGGAUAACCAGCUGUUCUGGGCUCAGUGGGUUUAUAGUAGGUACACAACCUGUUCAGAUAUUUUGUCACCUUAGUUUGUGGUUCACCUCAAUUGGGUCCAUGUUCUGGCUACAUACUCUUACUCUGGCUACAUACUCUUAGCCAAUGUAGUCCAUAUGUUGUUGGACUACAGUUCCCAUUAUCCCCAAGCUUUGGACAUGUGAGCAGGGGAUGAUGGGAGGUGUAGUCCAACAACAUUGGCUGCUACAGGGGAUUCUUAGAAAAGACCUUUGGAACUAUACAGAGAAUCCAGGAAUCCCCUCCCCAAUUCCUUGUAGCUGGUCCUUUUACAGCUUUUGCACAGAACUGUGUAUUUCCAAAUUGAUUGCCUCUGGAGCUUUCUUUCUUUCUUUUUUUCCUUUCAGUAUUAUGAACCACAGGUGAUGCCACCUACAAUUUGCAUGAGUGUUUCUUUUCACAGCUGAAAGCAUUGCUCUCCAGCUAAAUGGCACUGAUGGGAGCAGCUCUAUCGCACCACACCUGUGCUAGAUAUAGUGAUUUGUGAUUUUAACUUGGAAAUGUUGAUAGCACACUGCUUACAUUUUUAGUAAUUGUAUUUAUUUCCCCCUUUUAUCUGGAAGGUGUGUAGUGAUAAGCAUCUGGUCAUAACUACCUCUUUACUGCAUAGAUAGAGAACAGCCAAUGGAUUUUCUUUUUAUGAAGAUAAAGUAAGGAAAAAAUAUAGGUCUGUUUUUCAAAAAAGACCUGCCUAUUAAGAACUCCUGAGCAGAGAUGAAUUGUACCAAUGUGUGAUCUUUUAUUUACAAAACUGAGAGCUGGUGCAACUAUAGCUGCCACAGGGAGUAGUGUCAUUACCCUCAUUUUAUACAAAAUUGUUACCUGUCCCAGGAUGUUUCUAUGGAACCCUUUAAUCAUUGAUCUCUUAGUCAAAAUCAUUUAAAAUUAUAUAUUCUUCUUAUGCUGGUAAGGGAUCUUCCUACAAAACAUGGAUAUAAAGGUAUUGAAUUAAGUAACAAAGCAGGCUGAUUCUGGAGAUAAAUUUUCCCUGCUACCAGCUAAAGGUAAAACACAUCCACCCUGAUGAAUUAUGAAGGUGGGAUGUGUUGAGGUGACUAGAAUGGGCUGCCAGUAUACAUAUAAGCACAAGUGUGAAUGUCAUUGCCAACCUGAAAUAAUGCAGAAUGAUAAUUUUUAUUUUGCUGUUUAAAACAGCACAAGGAUCAAGGUGCAAACUUGGGUUGUGGAGGAUUCAACUGUGAUAAUAUAUACUACAGAAAUAACUGCCAGUUUUGGUGCCUUUGUACCUCUUAAACACCUGCCUUUAAAAACAAAACACUAUGUCCAUGUUUAGCUUGAAAAGUAUCCACCAUCUCUGUGCAUUUUUAUUUUUAGACACUAUGGAUGUUUAGCUAUGUGUUAAGAAAUGUGUCUAGUGUCCAAGCUUGCUGUGGGAUUUUCUUUUUGCUUGCUUGCUUGCAUUUGUUGUCAAGGCUAUGGUGGGGGGAAAUAUAAUAGUGCUUGCAUGACUGCUCCUCUUUGAGUGUUGUGGAUAUGCUGAUAUAACUCCAUAAUCAUGUUGAAAGAUCCUUGCAUUUUCUCUUAUGUUCUCUUCCUAACCCCAGUUUUUAUUUUGUUGAAUAUUUAAGAGUUUAAUAAAUAAAAUAAUAUAUUUUAAAGCAAACUGUUGCAUGACUGAUAAAAAACACAGUGGGUGUUUUUUAUGGUAAUGUUUAGGUGGCUGUGUAAAAAGUAACCAUAUUUUCUGUCCUUUUUAAUAUUUGUCCAAGAUCUUAAGUACUAAAUGCAAACCAGACAGUAAAGGGAACAACAAGGUUCCUUAAUACUCACCAUUUAACUGUGUACACAUCAGCCUAGCUAAGUUACCUUUCCCUACACUGGAUUCACAGACUUAAUGAAUAUUUCUGGGAGUCUCAGCAAAGCACUUAAUAAACUUUUUUGGUAUUCUACAAA